GCAUUCUUUAGAAAUUGUAAGCCCAACAGAUGAGCCAUCUUCUCAUGGUGGGAAUGCAGGGCCAACUGGCUUGGGUGCUGGAGGCCCAGGCAUUGUUGCAGGCAAUGCUGAAGAGGCCCAAGAGGUACAUGGGAAUGGUGAGCAAGCCGGAGACACCUUAGGGUCCCCAAGAGUCAGAUCAGGAACUGCUUCCUCUGCCCAGUUGGGCUUAUCCUCAUCAACACCUCAAGUAUCUGUCACAACUUUUUACGUGGCGCUUUACUCAUACCGGGGACGCAAGGCAGAUGAGUUGGAGCUAAGGAAAGGCUACAUAUACACAGUGACAGAAAAGUGCCAAGAUGGAUGGUAUAAAGGUCGCUGUAUAACAACAGAUAGAGCAGGAGUCUUCCCUGGAAAUUACGUCCAAGUUGCUAAACCACAGACAAUAGCUGCCUACCUGGCUAAGCGCAAUGCCCGGGGGUCUUCCAGCCACAACCGCAACAACAGCACAGGGGGAGGCACCCUAGGCCCUAGUAACGGUGGAAGUGGAAGCAGCACCCUCCCUUCGGGUGUGGUUAGCUACACACGGCCUAGAGCAAGCCCAGGUGGUGGAGCAGACGGCAGGCAUGCUGAAGGUUCCCGUGGUGAGAACACAAGUCUGCUGGACACCCCAGUUCACUCUAUGGUACCCACUCUGUCCCCAACUCACACUUCGCCGCUUGCAGGGUCUCUCUCCCCAGCGGCUGGUGAGUCUUGAUUAACAUGUGAUCCAAGCUAACAAGACCCCUGUCCGGUAUCCUGUAGUCCUCGUCCCAGUGCCCAGUGGUCCCCUUUUGAUUCGUACUUUUUGAUAUUCUUAUCUCUUUUUCUCUAUCUCUCUUCUUUUUUUAGUAGAAGGCAGCUUAUUUAUUUGGGAUUUCUCUUUCCUGAAAACUAGGGUGAAAAGCAUAAGUGUUUUAGUUUUGAUUUGCCUUUGUUGAUGAUUUAUGUUAUUAUUAUUAUAAUCAUUUGUAGUCACAGUAGCAGUAGUGAUAGUAAUGAUGGUGAUAGAGGUAAUGGUAAUAGUAACAUCAUUUGUAACCCUUUUUUACUAUGCUCAUUGCGUGUGGCGUAUGUUUACUACCAUUUACAUCUCAAAACAAUUCCGUAGUUAAGUGAAUCAUAACUUGAGUAUUUUAACUCCCCCAAAAUAAUAAUAGCAUAUAGUACUGGCAAACAGUUGUUAAAGUUAAGAGGUCUGUCUUUUGUAACUAUGAGACUUUCAUACAUUAUUGCAAGCUUAUGGAAACAGAUUGUAAUAUCUCAAUACAAGGUAUUUUUUCUUGUUC